AUGUCAAAUGAUUUAUCAAUACAUAUUGAUCAUCAAUUAUGGUUACAAAGAAGUGAAUGUUUAUCUAUGAUAACAGAAGAAAAAAUAUAUAUUGAUAUUGUUGAACAUGAACAUUCAUCAACAGCUCAUAUAACAUCCUUUGAUAGCUUAGAAUAUCAAAUAGAAAUCAUUCUUGGUGAACUAGGUAAAACAAAUUAUACAUAUAUAGUUAUUAUUCAUUUAAAUGAUAUACUUGAAAUGUUACGUACACGUCCUGGACUUUAUUAUAAGUUUAAUAUUGAUCAACUUUUAUUUCCUGCAUCAAAACUUAUGUCAUCACAAACCGUAUCAACAAAUAAUGGAAAUAAUUCAUUAGACGAUGUUGUACCGGAACCAAAAUGUUCAACAAGUGAAAGUUGUUUAGCUGCAUAUGAUGUACUUGUAAAAUUAGUCGUACAAAAACCUUUACUUGAAAAACAAACUGAAUCGGGGUUUGUGCCACAAGUUAAUCCUCGUGCACCUUGUCGUUUAGUCAAACUUUAUAAUGGCGGUGCAACAUGUUAUAUGAAUUCAAUUCUUCAACAAUUAUCUAUGUUACCACAAAUAUCUGAACAUACAUUAAGUGUUCCUAAUGAUCUUGAUAGUGCUAAUAGAACAACUAAAACAAGUGAUUCAAAUCUAUUUUAUCAACCUCAACAAGUAAUUAUUUGGUCAUUUAAUGCAAAGUAA